AAAUUAGUAGAAACAUGUUUUAGAUUUUAGAGAGUAAAGAGCCUGAAAGAGUCCUCCUGACACUCCUAAAAAAGCCGGUGUUGGUAAGAGAAAUAUAAAAGUUCACAAAGAAAAUGUGUGAAUAUAGGAAACGAUAGAUGUGAUGGUUUACAUACGAGUUAACCUCGAAUAUGUGUAAACAUUGAAGAAGUCACAAUAUAAAGGAAGCAGCUAAUUAUAAAAUAGAUAAGACAAAAUAUUAUUAAAAGAGAGAAAUUAAAGUUUUACAAUGGACCCGAGACAUUCAAGGCAGACCAAACAUGAGAAAAUAAAGUUGCAACAAAAUAAUGUACAGGUGUCAACGAUCACCACCACUGCCCAGGUUGGGCAGGUUGUUUUGGACACAGCAAUCACUAUAAGAAUAGCCAUGGGAGCAAAAAUGCCUCAUGAAAGGGGACUAAUGAAUAGCACAGACAUAUGGCACAAAAUCAAGGUCAUUAAAGGUGGUCUAUAUGACAAGGACACAGUCCUGAAAGGUAUUUUGAAGGCGGUAGAGCCACACGACUUGGUACCAGUGAAGUAUCAAGUUUGUGGAGAAGACGCAUAUUUUGUCGCGAGAAAUUGCGGUCCUGCGCUGGAAAUACUAUGCAAGUUAAACAUGAUCGUCAAAAAUGCUAACGGCGACGCGCUCAUUCUUGUGGUAACCUUGGGAUAUUCUACAAUCAACAAUCUGGCAAUCUCGAUACACCCCCUUCUGUUGACUGCAUUGACCAAGAGAUACAAUCCAAAUCGAAAGACAUUGAACUUGGAGAAUUUUCACAUGGAUCCGAGUAUAGAGGAGAUUAUAUAUUGCCCGUUGUCACAGCUCAAAAAUUCCAAUCACAUUUUGAAACUAGUCGGUACCUCAAUAGCUACCUUCGAGCACUUGAAUUUGCAGCAUAACGAAUUAAUUAACAUAUCGUCAGAAAUCUCUAAUCUAACGUCCGUUAAGUACUUGGAUCUGAGACACAACAAUCUGUUGAACAUGAGCGUGUUAACCCCUCUAACAAAUCUACAAAUCACAAAACUCUGGCUUGAUGGAAAUCCACUUUGCGAAAAUUACUCUACUGCGAAGCAAUACGUAACGUCUGCGAAAAAAUAUUGCCCGCACUUGGAAGAGUUGGAUGGCGUGUGCGUCUCAGAAAAUAUGCCAAUGAUAUACGGGGAUUAUUUUCCGGACGACAAGUUGCAGAAUUUUGCGCAUAAAUUCGCAACUCAUUUUUUUAGUUUGUUCGAUCAGGUCGACAGAACGGUCUUGCGAGGGCUCUAUCACAAAAACGCGUUCUAUUCCAUGAGCUUCUCCAUACCUCAUAACAUCGCACAAAACAUCGGCCUUAACCAGUAUUUGUCAAAUAGAAAUCUAAAGAGAAAAAGCCAAAAGAAACAUACGCCAUACGAAAAACACAUUUACUACGGCCAAGAGGACAUUCUAGCGGCUUUUACAAAAUUGCCCCGAUCGUACCACGACAGAAGUACCUUCACGUACGACAUCAUAUACGAGAAUGACAAUUGCAUAGCGCUCGGCAUCUCAGGAAUUUUCAAGAAGUUGAGUUCGGGUACGAAUGUACUGUCAUUCUAUAGAACGUUUAUUUUAGUGGCCUCCCUCGACGACGAAUAUCACAUUUUGAACGAUCAGUAUCACAUAUCCGCGGCUCCCGACGGUAUGACGCCCGAUAGGAUAGUAGUCAAAUACGCUUACGACGAAAUUCAGCCGGUUUGCUUCAGUCCGAGUGAAAAAUCGGUGAUAAUCACCAGAAUACAGCAGAUCACAAAAAUGAACAAAGAAUGGUGCCUGAUUUAUCUCUCGGAAGCUCAGUGGGACAUGCGAAAGGCGAUAUAUGAUUUCAUGAAGGAUUUGAAAGAGUCGUCGAUACCGGAACAAGCAUUUAUUCUGCAGAAUUCGUAGAGCUCAUAACGAUACAUUAAUCUCACUGUUAACGCGUAUUCUAACCGCUGUAUAAAUAACAGAAGUAUCCGUAGUAUAAAAAUACAUUUUUAAGUGUCUUUAAAAGUUUUCGCAAAUUUAUAUUUUCCCUUUUUACAUUUUGCGAUUUUUUACGAUUGUUCCUGUGACGAAAAUCAUCGCGUUAAACGCGCAUUUAAUUGUACAUUGUCUAUAAUGUGUAGACAUUUGCCUCGCGAGAUGAUAGUAUCGUAUAUCAAUGGGUAAGUCGAUGCGAUUACUCGCAUGGCAUUUAAACGGUCUGCAGGACGAGAUGCUUAGUGACUUCAUCCAAAGGUUAUGCACUCAAGGACCAUGGCGUUCAUCUGGGCAAUGUGAAUGAAACAAAAUCGCGAAGGCAGGCGAGUUUUUUUACCCUUUCUAACCGUUUUACAUCACGAUACGCGAAAGAGCUGUUGAAGAUUCUCGAGACUUUAUUUAUACUCGAUUAAGUAAAUCACGCUUGAAUGCGGAUCUGUAAUGGCUCGUUAAUGACUUAAUCCCGAGAGUGCGAUACUAGAAAAUAUUAAUCACUGUCACUGAUAAAAUAGAUACGUAAAGCCGAGAAUAAAAUUGUCAUUUGUUAAUAGAAC